UGCAUUUUGGGUCCAGCCCCCUGACUCUGCGCUCCGGGGCUUGAGGGGACCUCGGGUCGCCCUGCUCACGAGCUCGCGUGGUCCGGGGCAGGAGCGAGGGGCAGUAGCUGCUCCCUGACAGGCGGAAGGGGUGAGGACACACCGGGCCCGCCCUCCAUCUACUAAGCCGAGCGGGUGCAGCGCCGCUCGCCGGUCACCGAGGAGGGAGCCGCGCGGGUUGCACCCCGGGUGCCCCAACCAUCGCCCAGUGUAGAAGCCACCCACCCACCCCUCUAACGCCGCGCCCUUUCCUCGCCGGCCAGCUUUCCACCAUGCCCGGGGGCGUGCCCUGGUCUGCCUACGUGAAAAUGCUCUCCUCCAGCCUCCUGGCCAUGUGCGCCGGGGCCCAGGUGGUGCACUGGUACUACCGGCCUGACCUGACAAUACCUGAGAUCCCACCAAAGCCUGGAGAACUGAGAACGGAGCUCUUGGGACUGAAAGAGAGACACCACGAACCUCAGGUUUCACAGCAGUAGAAGCUUUAAAAUACAACUCUGCCAAGAAUUCUGUGAAUAAUACUUUCCACAUAUAUUUUUAAAUGUAUUGAGUAAAACUACUUCUUAAAUCAUCUAAUCCAAAAACAAAUUCUGGUUGAUAGGAACUGAUAAGAUAGAUCUUCUAUUAUGAUUCGGUCAGUAUUUUCUAGUCUCAUCUGGAGCUCACUGUGGAGAUCAGGCUGGCCUCUGCAACAAGGUCUUGCUGUGUAGCCCAUGCUGACCUCAGGAGAGUCCUCCAGCCCCCACUUCCCAAAUAGUGGAAUUACAGGUAUGAGGGACCGCACUCGUAAGAGCUGCCUAAGCUUCAGCUUCGUGCAUUUGGCCGGGAGGAUGAGACUGAACAUUUGCAAUGUCUCCUGCCAGUAUUCAUCUUUUUCUGAAUGAGCUUGGUUAUAAUGAAUUAAAGAGGUAAAAGUCAGUGAGAGUGCUUAUAGGGCCUAAACAUUGAGAAGUAGUAUUUGUACUAAACUGUAUAAAAUAUUCAAAGUUCUUUGGAAUUGUGUGCCUAAUGGAAUUGCAACAUUAGUAGCAACUUGUCAAGGUGCUUAAAUCCCCAAAAUUUGAGAAAGUGAACUAAAAUUGGCAUUCUCUUUAUACAUAUAAAAAUGAAAGUGCAGUUGAACUGUGUCCUUAAAAAAUGUUGACCUCAACCCUCGGUGUCUGGGAGUGUAGGAUUGGGGCCAUGAGGGUGGGCCAGAUGUGGUGACCACUGUCUUAAUGCCACGAGAACAGACACAGGGAGGACAUUUUGUAAUGACAGUCAGAGACUGGAGCGUUGGAACUGCCAGCCAAGAACACCAAAUAUUUGAAGGCUGCACCCGAAGCUUGGACGAGGAAAGGAAGGAUUCUGCAGUCUCAGAACAAGGCCUGCUCACACUGUACCCGAAGCUUGGACGAGGAAAGGAGUUUGCAGUCUCAGAACUCACACUGCACUUCCAGUGUUGUCCUUCAGAACCUGACGCCACAUCUCCUGCCGCCUAGAUUUCUACCAUCAGCUCUAGGAAAUGAACUCGUUUUAAGAUUUUGCUCAAUCUAUAAAUAUAGAACAAGAUAAUUUAUUCAACAACUGACCUAUUUUUUAAUGUAUGAAUGCAUUGCUUGCAUGUCUGUCUGUGCACCACAUGCAUGCCUAGUUCCCUCAGAAGCCAGGAGGGGCAUCAGAUACCCUGAACUGCAGUUACAUAUGGUUGAGAGGCCAUGUGGGCCCUGAGGACUGAAUCUGGUCCUCUGUUGAACUACCUCCCCUGCCAUAAGUAAAUUUUACACAAAUUGCAUGAAUGUAUGAACAUGUGAAUUGCUCCUGGAGGGUAGGCAUCAGAUUACCUGGAAUAUGAGUUAUAGGUUAGUUUUGAGCCACCAGAUGGGUUCUGGGAACUGAAUGUCAGUCUUCUAUAAGCAACAAGUUGUUUGUAGCCCCUUCUCCAGCCCCAGACAAGGUCUUUGUAAAUCCACCCUAAUGAGCAGACUAAGGCACUGAAGGGGAGUUUUCAGUUUGAGACAGUCUCUCAUUAUGUAACCUUGUCUGGUCCUGGAAUUUAUUAAGUAGAUUAGGCUGACCCUGAAUUCAAAAUCUGCUUGCCUUGCUUCCAUGGACACACAUUCAGGCCAAGCAAACACUCACUGACAGCAAUGUUUAAAGGUUUUGGCAGGGUCUAUUUAUUCCUUACUGGGCUCAGAUACUCCUGUCUCGUGUACCACCAUGCUCAGCUAACGUAAAAUUACCACGGUAUGCGCACCUUUAAUCCUAGCACUCAGGAGGCUAGCUGGAAUGCCUGUGCGAGCAUGCUCCAAACACUGGCGAGUGACUUAAUUAGACUGUGGCCCUCACGAUCCCCACCACCCAUUUAACGGCCUAGGUUUCUAGACAACUUUCCCUAACCUGUGAAGAUUUCUCAAUCUAAGUGUUCCAUGACCUCUGAAGAUAGUAUUCAGUUUUCCCUUCCUGUCCGGAUUCAGAAGGCUGAUACACAUUCUGAUCUCUGGAGGGAAUUAUUUGCAUGCAUUCCACCUUGUUAAAUAAGAAAGACGAUCUGAAAGCACAAGCCACCAAACCCGG